CAUCUGAAACUGAAAAAUAAAAUAAAAAAAUAUGCAGUCUCUGAUGUCCUUGUUAGCAUGUUUUGUGGUUCUGUUAUCAGUUUCACUCACAACUUCAGUUCCAAUUCAAGAAACAUUCAACCAUUGUCUAACACUCCAUUCUCGAAUUCCACACCAAUUUCCCUCAUCAAUCUACACUUCUAGCAAUGGUUCAUACACUUCUAUCCUUGAGUCCACUGCUCAGAAUCUAAGGUACUUGUUGCCUUCAGUGCCAAAACCAGAUUUCAUAUUCACCCCAUUCCAUGAUUCUCAAGUCCAAUCAGCUGUUGUUUGUGCAAAACAGCUUGGAAUUCAUAUGAGAGUAAGAAGUGGAGGGCAUGACUAUGAAGGGCUCUCUUAUGUUUCUCAAAUUGAGAAGCCUUUCAUGAUCCUAGACUUGGUAAAGCUUAGAGCUGUCAAUGUUGAUAUUGCACACAACACAGCUUGGAUUCAAUCUGGUGCCACUAUUGGUGAAGUAUAUUACAGAAUUUCACAGAAAAGUGCACUACAUGGCUUUCCUGCAGGCCUUUGCACAACCUUAGGUGUUGGUGGGCACAUUACAGGAGGCGCAUAUGGAUCCAUGAUGAGAAAGUAUGGUCUUGGGGUUGAUAAUGCCAUAGAUGCUAAAAUUGUUGAUGCUAAUGGAGGGAUUCUUGAUAGAGCAGCCAUGGGAGAAGACCUAUUUUGGGCUAUAAGAGGAGGUGGAGGUGGAAGCUUUGGAGUUAUUCUCUGGUGGAAGAUAAAGUUGGUUCCUGUGCCACAAACUGUGACAGUUUUUACAGUAACUAAGAGCUUAGAACAAGGAGCAAACAAGCUUCUUUAUAGAUGGCAACAAGUGGCACCAAAUAUUGAUGAUGAGCUCUUCAUCAGAGUCCUCAUUCAGCCAGGGAAUGGUAGUGUUCCAGGUCACAAAACUGUAACCACUUCUUAUAAUGCUCUCUUUCUUGGUGGUGCUGAUAAGCUUCUCCAAGUAAUGAAGAAGAGCUUUCCUGAAUUGGGUUUGACCAGAAAGGAUUGUUUGGAAACUAGUUGGAUCAAAUCUGUGCUUUAUAUUGCUGGCUAUCCCAAUGGAACACCACCAGAAGUUCUGCUUCAAGGAAAACCCUCAUCCAAGGCUUACUUCAAAGCCAAAUCAGAUUUUGUAAGGGAAGUAAUCCCAGAAACAUCCCUCAAUGCAAUAUGGAAAAAAUUUCUGCAGGAUGAUGGCCCCUUGAUGAUUUGGAAUCCCUAUGGUGGAAUGAUGAGCAGGAUUGUAGAAUCUGCAACCCCUUUUCCUCACAGAAAAGGAACACUUUACAAAAUUCAGUAUGUAACUGGAUGGAUUGAUGGAGAAAAGAGUAUGGCACAGCAUAUGAACUGGAUCAGGAAAUUUUACAACUACAUGGCUCUUCAUGCUUCAAAAUAUCCAAGGGAAACAUAUGUGAAUUAUAGAGAUCUUGAUAUAGGGAUGAACCAGAAGAACAGCAGAGACUUUUCAAAGGCUUGCUCUUGGGGUUAUAGGUAUUUCAAGGAUAACUUCAAUAGGUUAGUAAAGGUUAAAACUAAAGUUGAUCCAUCUAAUUUCUUUAGGCAUGAGCAAAGCAUCCCUCCAUUGCCAAUUGGUUAAAAAGGGUAGAAGGCAAGAAAAGGAGAAGAUCAAAGGGGUAAAGCACUGUAUUAUGGCUUGAAUGCUAGAUCAAUGUGACAAGUACGGUUAUAUCUAUUUGCAAGUUGAAUAAUUAAGUGAAGAAUGUAGUUUCUUAUACAUAUAUUUAUGUUCUAUAUGAGCAACUUAGUUGAGUAAUCUUCUGAUGUAUUUGCACUUUAGUUCCCUUGCCAUUUAGUUUCUUUGUAUGUGUGUGUAUUUGUGAUAGUGCGCUAGUAAAAGCAUUGGAGACCCUCUUGUUUGGUAUUCAAGUGAAUAUUUUGAAGUAAUGUCACUAUAC